GGCCAUUUGCACCAAAAAUAAACAUUGUUUAAUGUACUUUUUAUAAAUCUUUAAAUCUGCGUUACAGUGCUAAAUCUUUAAAUUGGCAAUGUCUGUGUAGCACUACAGUUAACAUGAUUGUGUUUCCUGAUAGCAAAAUUGAAAUAAAUCAUCGGGAGUUAUAAUUCCGUAAAAUGUUGAUGGAACGCAUAUCUGAACUCUGCAGAAAAAAUUCUGCGUACCUGGCGGCUGGAGCGACAGUUGUUGGGGCUACUGCAUUUUUACUAAAGCGGUUCAGCAAUGUAAAGAACAACAGAAUAUGUGGCAUAGAUUACCCCAGGGAUGUUGUUAUUCUUCAUCCACUGGGUAGAGGGAAGACAGGUCCAGACACUAGCCAUUUUGUGAUCAAACUGGAGACUUAUCUCAGAUUUCACAAGAUACCAUAUCAGUCAGACAUCAACAUAGACAAUUACAAGCUCGGUCCGAAAAAGAAAGUGCCUUGGAUUGAGUACAAUGGUGUAACAAUGGGCGAUUCGCAAAUGAUUAUAGAAUUCUUGAAUAAAGAGUUUAAUGUGGAUAUGGAUAGUCACCUAACUAAACAAGAGAAAGCUUUAGCUUGGGCAGUUCAGAAAUGGAUAGAGGAAUACAUGUAUUGGUUAAGCGUGCAGUCUGCCUGGGUUUUAUUCAUUGAUGAAACAUUUCGAGAUGGAAUCUCGCCCUUUCCUAUGGAAGAGAAAUCUGCCGUAAAAAAGUGGGUCAGUAAUAUGACAUACACCGUUGGUGUUGGCCGCCAUACGAAAGAAGAAAUCCACGAAAUGACUGUCAGCAAUCUACGAAAAUUCGAAGACGUUUUAGGUGACAAGAAAUUUAUCAUGGGAGACAAAAUGGGCGUUGUAGAUUGCGCCGCUUUUGGUAUUAUUUCACAAAUGAGAUGGCUUACACCGUCUGUUUGUCCAGGCUCCAGGCUGUUUCUUGAAGGCGAGAUACCAGAUGUUGUGAAAUACCUGGAUAGAAUUAGAGAUCAGUAUUGGCCGGACUGGGAAUCGCCAAUAUACUGAGAUAUGUCUUGUCGUAUCCAUCGAAUGCUGUUAAAUACCUGAAUAGAAUUAGAGAUCAUUAUUGGCCAGAAUGGGAUUAUACAUAGAUAUGUCUGGUCGUAUCCAUAUCGUAACGUGAAGUUAUACAGAACUCACUGAAACAUACUAAGAUUUAUCUAUUCAUUAAACAGAAUCUUCUUAAAUUUAUUUUAAUAAGACCGCUCCGACAACAACUCCGCACUCUGUUUAGGCAGUGAGACCUUUGGAUUAACGCGUUAAUUAAGAAACAUGGAAGCAAACACUGUGUGUACAGGAUACAGAUUUUAUAGAUAUUUUACAUUUUAUUUUGUUUCUGAAAGUAAGAGUAUUUCUUUCAUCAAUAUACACAGAUACAUGAAUGAA